GUUUUCAAGGCAUGGUAUGAAAAUAUAACUCACGAAAUUAGGUGUCUCUUACUUUGGACUGGUCGUUCUGUAAUGAUAUUUGGGGUUGCUGAGCAUAUACUUUAUUUUUUUAGUUGUUUCUCCCGUGACAGGUAUCACACUGAAUAAACAAAACAAGCCAUGCCGUUUAUGAAAGGAGCGGCGCCUGUCCGGCGCACACUGCAGUAUCUUCAGCGUGGGCAGCUUGUGUUCAAAGACACAGUGCAGAUCAUGACAGUCAAUUACAACACUGGACAGAAAGCAAGCAAAGGCGCUUAUGACUUUGUCUUCUGGCAUCUGGCCCAGAUCCAGUACAAGAACCCAUCUGUCCAAAUAGUAACAUUCAAGAAUAUGACACCAUCUCCCUUCCUGCAGUUCUAUCUCAAUGGUGGAAAGAAAGUUUUGCUGGACAUAGACACUCAAGAUAAGGAUGAUAUUCAUGAUCACGUCAAAAACAUUCUCUGCAAAUCAUCGGACACACUGAGGGCUGAAGCUCUUGCUAAGGCAAAGACGUCUAACCCGGCCAACUUCGGCAUGAGCUCCACUAGACAGUGUAUUUGUGAGAUCCCUGGACAGGUGCCCUGCCCCGGAUGGGUACCAUUGAAGAAAGAACUGAGAGGAAAAUACAAGUUUCAGAAGAAAGAUGUGGAAGAAUCAUAGCAACUAUAGUUAAUGUGUGUGUUUGUGUGUGCAAGAUGAUAUCAUGGACAGAAAUGUACAGAGAAUAGUUAGCCACAGAAGAUGGAUUAGUAGAAUAUAGGGGGGGAGGCGUGGCCUGGUGGUUAAAGCGUCACACGUAGGCCUGGGUUUGUUCCUCACAUGGGUCCAAUGUGUGCAGACCUUUUCUGGAAUAUUGCUGCAUAAAUUCCUGCUUGUUCUCAAUAGGAGUGAGUGAGUAUGGUCUUACGUUGCUUAUAGCAAUAUUACAGUAAUAUGACGCCAGAAAUGGGGUUCACACAUUCUACCCAUGUUGGGAAUUGCAACCCGGGUCUUCAGCAUGACGAGCGAACAUAUGGCAAUUUCAGUUUGUGCUGAAACCUUUGAGGUGAGUAGCUCAAACACUAAAUGAGUGUCAGAAACCUAUAAUCAUUGGCUCGAAUCCUUAUUUGGGUGGUCGGGUAGCCCAGACGCUCAUCACACCGAAGACCUGGGUUCGAUUCCCGACAUGGGUACAAUGUUUGAAGCCCAUUUCUGGUGUCCCCGGCGUGAUAUUGCUGGAAUAUUGCUAAUAGCGGCGUAAAACCGUACUCACUCACUCACUUAUACUUAUUUGCUCUACUCUGGAUUUUCCUGCCACAUCUAGCUGAUACGCUGUGAUAUAACUGAAAUACUGUUCAAAGCAGCUUUAAGCUCCACUCACUCACUCACUCUCUCUAAAUUGUUUAUAUGUGGGAUUUUGAACGUAAACUGCAAUCUAAUGCAGCAGAUUGUGUACCAAAACAUGAUUAAUAUUGAAGUUCAACAAAUAAAGUUGUAACAAUGAGACUUGGUGGUUGACAUCUUCGAGUGCUAGUCCUUAUGUAAGGUGUGCUGAUGUUAAAGUGACAGAUAUGUGAAGGAAGUGUUUUAUGAUACACAGCUAAUACUUUGUAGUGUAAUAAACUUAUAUCAUUUACAUA